UCAGUUUCAAGGCGCCAACACUGAAAUGAGGUGCAUGCACAAUCUUACCGACCCGGGUCCGCUUUGCAUCCGCUGUUCCUCUGCUCUCAUCAGCCUUCCUGGCAGCAAUCUCACCAGCAUUCCUGGCAGCAAUCUCAUCAGCUUCCUGUCAGCAAUCUCAUCAGCAUUCCUGGCAGCAAUCUCAUCAGCAUUCCUGGCAGCAAUCUCAUCAGCUUCCUGGCAGCAAUCUCAUCAGCUUCACUCAGCUGCAGCUCUGGUUACU